AUGUUAUUUGAGGAGCAUAUAUUAACACUUUUCAAAAGGAACUGUCAACAUACACUGACAUACUGGAGCGUCUUCUUCAGUUUUGGACUAAGCAUCGCCUUCCUGGGGCCAACUAUCCUAGAUCUUAAAUGUCGAACCGGCUCCACGCUACAGGAGAUCACCUGGGUGUUCUUCUCCCAGCAGUUUUGCUUGCUCGUCGGGACCUCCGUUGGAGGAGUUUUCAGAAAAACGUUGUUGAGUGCCCUCGCCACCCUCUUCCUCUCCACCUUCAUCAUCUCUGUGGUUUUUGCCAUCAUUCCAUUUUGCUAUAAUGUGCUGUUGCUGGCAGUUGCUAUGGCAGUGUCAGGUCUGGCUUUGGGUUUCAUUGAUACUAUUGCAAACAUCCAGCUGGUGUCUAUUUAUCAGAAAGAUUCUGCCAUCUUCUUGCAGGCACUGCACUUCUUCAUUGGGCUUGGUGCUUUGCUGAGUCCCCUGAUUGCAGAUCCAUUCAUCUCUGAACACUGCCUGGGCACUAACAGCACAGAAAACGCCUCAGUGAUACUCCACCACUUCAGGUUACCACCAGUAAUCCACGAUACUUCCCCACACUCUGUGCUAGUUAAGGAGAAACCCAACGUGUCGUAUGCCUUCUGGAUCAUGGCUCUCAUAAAUUUGCCUGUGCCAAUUGCGGUUCUCGUGCUGAUGUACAGAGAGAAGCUGCUUCCCUGCUGUCCAAACAGCACUCCACGGCUUCUGGACAAAGAUGAACUGGCCAUGGAGACCCAGGCAUCAGGCUCCAAAGAGAUGCAUGAACCAGUAACUGAAGGACAUAGAAAUCUCUUCAGCUGCUGUAUGAAUGGUAAUCUGAGCAGGUUACCUGUCACAUUUUUUGGCAUCCACAUCUUGGGUGGGAUUGUCCUGUUUAUGUCAGAAGGCAUUAUGGGGGUCUACACUGGCUUUGUUUACACAUAUGCUGUUUCGCCUCCCAUGUCACUGCAUGCGAAAAUGGCAGCAUAUCUCAACUGUGUCUUCUGGGCAGCGAUCACAGCAGGACGCCUGGUGUCCAUCCCCCUGUCAUACCGCUUAAGACCCGUCUACCUGCUCAUCGUCAACCUGGCUGGUGUGAAUGUAAUAUUGCUGCUAUUGUUGGUCUUCUACACAAACAGUGUGUUUCUGUUUGUGGGUACAAGCUUGCUUGGGCUUUUCCUCAGCAGCGUUUUUCCCUGCUUACUGGCUUAUACUGAGGACAUCCUGAACUAUACAGGAUGCGCAACUUCAGUCUUGGUGGCCACUGCUCAAAUGGGUGAGAUGACUAUGCAGGUGUUGGUUGGAUCGCUGAUUCAGGCUAAAGGCAGUUACAGUUUCCUGGUAUGUGGCAUGCUUCUCGGCUGUCUUGCCCUCAUCUUCCUCUUGUUCUUGGUUUUAUGUAACCACAUCCACAGAAAACUCACAGGAACAUCUAAAAAAGCCGGUAUGGUUGAAGACCCCCCACCACUCACUCUACCUGCUCCAGAGAAAGCAGGACAGAAAAUUAUUAUAACACAACUCAAAUGUGACUCCAGAUGA